CAGCAACCAGGCUCCUCCUCUGGGUGUGUGUGGACCUUUUAAGUAGAGUGUCAGGAAUUUUGUGUUGGUGAGACGCGGGAGGGAGAGUACGUGUGUACAUGUGACAGGACUAAUUGAGAUACAAGCGCACAGGUUUUCCCUCCAAGGACAAGGUGAAAGAGUCAUUGUACCUCCAUCUAAUUGGUUACUUUAGAAACUUUACAGUGGAAACCUCUUUAGAACCCAACAUUCAGAAGUGCCAAGGCUUUUGUUAAGAAACUUCACAGUAGAUCCUUUGGGAGAAUUGUCACAGCUCCUUCCAGAACCUUCACAGAAGAGACCUCUUUCAAACCUCCAAACCAGACCUUGAACAGAUCCUGCAGGAUGGGUGAAGAUUCGGCUCACGCUGACCGCAGUGCUGCAUCUGCGGCUGCAGCUCCAGCUUCCCUGCCUGGGACAGCCAACUCUGAUCCUUCCCCAGACCCAACAUUGGAAGGCCAGGAUCCUCAAGAGGGCCAGGACUUUCUUGUCCCAGGCUUCAACCCUAGUUCAGCACCCGCAUCCCCUACCCACAACUUGUCUCGCCUGAGCACCAAGACUCCAACCAGUCCACCAGCCAUAUCAGGCCAAGUGAGUGCCAUCACGGUGGUGGCCCUGCUGGACAAGCUGGUGGCAAUGAUCGAGGCAGUGCAGGAGAACCAGCGGCGAAUGGAGAAGCGCCAGGCUGAGCUGGAGGGAGUUGUGCGCGGUGUCCAGGGUGAUGUUGCCCGUCUAGCUAAGACCCACACGACCACUUCCAACAGCGUGGCCAAGCUGUUGGAGCGCUCACGUAAGACUGGUGGUUAUGUCAAGGAGGUGCGGGAGCGCCUGGAGCGGCAGGGCAACCAGGUGAAGAGGCUGGAGGCCAACCAUGCCCACCUGCUCAAGAGGAACCAUUUCAAAGUGCUCAUUUUUCAGGAGGACAAUGAGAUCCCUUCCACUUUGCUCACCAAGGAUUCCACUGUAGAUCUUGCCUCAGGUUCCAUCCAGGAUGAGAUACCUGCCUCUCCACCUGCUUCAGCAACUGAUGCCAAUCGCUCCCAUGAUGAAGGCCUGCAGACCAUCAGCCUGUCAUCUGAUGAGGAUGAGGGAGCAGCCAGCCCUCCGGUGGAGGGCAGCACAGAGCCCCUAGGCGAGGCACUUGAGGAGGACAUCUUCCCCAGCCUGGCGUCUGAGCGUCUGGAGCGCUCUCGUGCAGACAAGUUCAAGCGGUCUAGCCUGAAGAAGGUGGACAGCCUGAAGAAGGCCUUCUCGCGGAGCAGCAUAGAGAAGAAGAUUAACAAGAUUGUGCCUCCAGAGAGGCGUGAGAAGAUCAAAAAGAGUUUCACGCCCAACCAUCCCAAGAGCCCAACCACUAAGAGCUCAUCCUUCCGCAUUUCACCCAUGACCUUCAACGUCAAGAAGGUGCGAGAUGGAGAUGGAGAGGCUGCUCAACCUGAGGGUUCGCCUAGCUCUUUGACCCCUGUCGAGGUACCUACCAUGGGAGGGCUGGAUGGCGAGCUGCCAGUGGCAGAGGUACACAAUGUAGAGGAAAAGGCUAAUGGGAAGGAGCCAAGCACCUCAACCCCAGGUAGCGCAGAUGGUGGUCUCUCUGUCACAGAAGAUAGAGAGCUCAACAAUGGUCCCACUGUCACACUUGCAGAAGAAGAGGUGCUGCAGGAUCAGGAUGAUGAGGAUGAUCACGAAGAUGGUGGUGAUGAUAACAGUGGAGAUGAAGAAGGCAAGGAUGAGUCCAGGCCUGCACCUGCAUCUCCCACGUCAGCUGCAGUAGCCGUCCAGCAAGCCUCUUAGAUUUACUAGGCAUAGUCAUACCACUAGUCCUCCAACUUUUGUGGAGACUUUGGCAAUGGAGCUAUCCAUCUGUUCAAAGGCAUUUUAUAGGUGCCUUAUGUAAGAGAUCAUCUGCUAGAAAGGAGAGCACCUGGUUGAAUAACCCACACUUCUGUAAAGAACAUUUACUUUCCUUAACUGGGCUUCUACAUGGUAAUGGGUGAAUACACUUAGGAAUAAUAGAAUAUAAUAAUGUCCUAUCUCACUUUAUAAGUGCAGUGUUUCUCAAGCCAGUCUUCGAGGCUUACCAAAUGGUUUUGCUCAAGACCAGCUCCCAAACCACUUGAAUCACACCAUUAAGAACACUAAAUGCCUGGUACCUGACGCCUGGUAGGGGCUAAGUUAGAGCAAAAAUCUACUUUCUGGGGGGCCUUAGGGACUGGGUUAAGAAAUACUACGGUGUUGUACAAUUUCUGUAUCCUAUUUCUUUGUUGUAUAUAGCCUUAGAUUUCUAUUGCAUGUAGGCUUUUUCUUGAUACUACGCAUUACUCUAUUCAACAGAUUUGUAAUAUACUGUAGUACAAUAGGUAAUCAUAUUUGUUUCCAUACAUAAAUAAUCUAGACUGCAAGAUGUUAUUGUGUUUAUUCGUAUUGUUUAUUGGUUUAUUGGUAUUGUUAUUGUGUUUAUCACUUUCAGGAAAGAAAGUGAACUGAAACACAAUAACAAGAUUGAUUAACGAACUUGUCAGUAAACUCAUCAUGUUUGUCAGGGUUCCCAUUACAAUCAUUCAGUGCAAAUAAGGUUAGUGUUAUUGUACCAUUUUACAAGUUUGAUUAAAGAAUUUAGCAAAUGUUCUAAACAUUUGGAAACUGUU